AUGGUCGUGGAUGCAGCGGACCACUGGGAGGCGAAGCCGGACGGCGCCGUGCGGCCAUCGUGGUCAAGACCCGCCCCUGUGAAGCGAGGUUGGCCUCCUUUCGCUGCGUACGGUCGAGCAGAGGGAGGGAGCGGCGCGCCUUCUUUUCGGGGAAGCGGACGCGGAGGCGAUCGAUUUGGGUGGAAGAGGGAGGUGGCGUCUCCGCCGCCUCCCAAACGGAGGGCCGUGUACUCUACCCGACGGUAUCGGCCCGUCCGCGGCGGCGAGGAAGGCUUGCGAGUCGGCGCUUCACCUUCUCAUGCCGGUUAUGCUGGCGAGGAGGGCGGCUUGCUGCCGGCUGUGCUGGAGAAGAAGGUGGUGGCUACAAACGUCGGUGCUGCGGGCUGGUGUCAUCAUGGUCAGAAGGCCAUGGUGGGGAAAGUAUCACACGCUUCAGCUGGGAAUGCGAGUUCGUCGGAAAUCAAUUGGCCAGGGAGGUUCUUUGGAGCACGGAGUGGUCAAUUGGGGAAGAAGCGGUUGGAAUUUCUGCCUCCUGGUGGUGGUUCGGAUGCCUUGGUAGCUUCAAAUGACGACGGAUCCUUGGCGUACUACCGGCAGCCUGCCACUGAAACUGUGGGGGCUACGAUGAACGUGGAUGCUAGUCUGGAUGGAGAAGGCCAGGAAUUGGAAGAGGGUGAGAUUGCAGACACAAUGGAAAUAUCUGAAGGUAUGAUCAAGCAUGAUGCUUCAAGUAGACCAAUGAAGGGCGAGGAAUUGGAGGAGGGUGAGAUCGCUGCCAGUCCCACCAUGGACAUUCUGGGAGUUAUGAACACGGAUACUUCGUAUGCAGAGGGCCAGGAAUUAGAGGAGGGUGAGAUUACUCCCGCCAUGGACACCGCAGAAUUCAUGAACGAGGAUACCUUGAACGGAGUAGUAGAUGGCCAGGAGUUUGAGGAGGGUGAGGUUACUACCACCAUGAAUAUUCUGGAGUCUACAAACACUUUUCAUGGAGCAGUGGAGCAGGAGGUCCCGGAAUUAGAGGAAGGUGAGAUUGCUGCCACAAUGUGCAUUACAGAGUCUGCGAACAAGGAAUCUUCGGAUGGAACAGUGAAGAAGAUCCAGGAAUUAGAGGAAGGUGUGAUUGUUGCUACCAUGGAUGUUGUGGAAUCUAUGAACAAUCAAUCUUUGGAUGGAGUAGUGGUGGCUCAGGAAUUGGAGGAAAGUGAGAUUGCUGGCAUGGACACUGUGGAAGAUACGAACAAGGACACGUUUGUUGGACCAGUAGAGGACCGGGAAUUGGAGUGUGAGAUUGUUGCCAAGGGGCAUGGUCAAGAGCCGGAUGAUGGUGAGAUUGCUGCCAAGGAGCAUGAUCAAGAGCCGGGUGAUGGUAAGCUUGCUGCCAAGGGUCAUGGUCAAGAGCCAGAUGAUGGUAAGCUUGCUACAAAAUCAGACCGUAUCGUCCAACAGUCUGUUAAUGUUAAACCGUGUGGCUCUACAAGUGGCACGAUGAGAAGUAAGAUAAGACUCACACCUAGAAAAACAGUCAGGCCACCUGUAAUAGUAAAUGAUACUAUGUCACAGCUGGUACCUCUGCGUAGACCCCUUUUCACUACAACUGCUAGCGUGAAGAAGCUCAAGGCAGAACCUGCUAAAGCAAAUCAAACUAUGCCACAGCUGGUACCUCUGCGUAGACCCCUUUUCACUACAACUGCUACCGUGAAGAAGUUCGAGGCAGCUGAAACUAAACCUGUUCCCAUCAAUCUUGCCUCUGCAUCUGCAUCGGCUAGAAAGGAUAAUCGUAAAUUCAAAUAUAUGUUCACUACCGAGGAGAAACUGAAGGGCAAAAGGGCCGUCUACUUGGAAGAUGAUGAUAUUUUGAAGGCAGUUGCUGUCCAUGAAGGAAAGCUUGAGCUGUGCCUAGGUGUUCCCUCAUCCGUUCUUUCUGUAUCGCGCCAUAGGAAACAUGGAGGAGGACAGAAAGCUGAUCCUCGCCGCAGAGCCGGUAUGAUGUGCAGGAGAUUUGAGUUCUUAUGCAGGUUCCUUGCUCAAGCCGUGAAGCAGAGGUCAAUGGAGCUUCGGAGAAUUGACCUUGCAGCUGAUCAAGUCAUCAAGAAACUUCCAGACUACAGGAAACAUGGGUCGAUUAUGGGCGAGGUUGCUGGAGUUGAAGUGGGCGAUGAGUUCCUCUUCAGAGUAGAGCUGGCCAUUGUUGGUCUUCACAACCCCUUCCGGGCAGGCAUUGACACCACCAAGGACACCGACGGCGAGCCAAUUGCAGUAAGCAUAGUUGCUUCAGGAGGUUAUCUUGACGAAUUUUCUAGCUCGGGGGACCUGGUAUACACCGGCUCUGGAGGAAAGGCUGGCGGCGCCGACCAGGAUGGGGAUCAAAAGCUUGAGCGCGGGAACCUUGCCUUGAGGAAUUGCAUCAAAAGAGAGAUACCUGUCCGAGUAACGCAUGGCUUCAAGAGUCAAGAUAGAGAAGAAGGCAGUCAUUCGAAAGGCAAAGAAAUCUCGAAAUUCAUCUAUGAUGGGCUGUACCAUGUGGUUAGUUGCUGGCAAGAAGGUGUACCAGGUUCGAGGGUCCUCAAGUACAGACUACGAAGGAUUCCGGGACAGCCUGAACUUCCUCUGAACGUUGCUAAAUGGUUGCGGAAAUCUGCCCGUUCCUAG